AUGAUAUUUAAUAUUCAUUAUAAAUUAAAAAAAAUUUUAUUACUUAAACAAUUUAAAAAUAAUAAAAAAAUAAAAUAUAUAUAUUUAAACAAACAAAUUAAUAUUAUAUUAAAAAGUAAAAAUUCAAAUAAUUAUUUAUAUAAUAUUCUUAAAUAUAAAUAUAAAAAUUUAAAAACAUUAUAUAUAAUAAUUAAUAAAUAUAAUUUAAUGUUAAUUAAAUUUAUUAAUUUUUGGUAUAUUUUAAAUAAUUAUUAUAUUGAAUAUAAUAAAUUUUAUUUAAUUAAAACUAUUUUUACAUAUUUUUAA